AUGACAUUAGUCCCCAGCGUUGUGGUCAUACAAGCCGCUGCGGCUACUAAAUUUGUGCAAGAUGUUUCUUUCCAAUGGAAAAUCCUGUCUUUCCUAGCACUUGACUUUGUGUGCUAUGUGAUUUACUCUACCAUCAUUUACCCAGCAUUGUUCAGUCCACUCCGACACCUUCCUCAACCGCGCGUUGCUACUCCUCUCCUUGGCCAUGCUCUUGCCGAGUUCAAGAUGCCCCGGGGAAGCGAAUAUCUACGCUAUACGAACGAAACGGCAAACACGGGGCUUAUCCAUCUCCGUGGACUUUUUGGCUCGGAUCAACUCCUAUUGACAAGUCAAGCUGCUUUGAGUGAAGCUUUAGUGCAACGAUCAUACGAUUUUGAGUGGCCAGAAGGCGACAGCAAUUUCUUGCAGAGAAUUCUAGGCCAUGGUUUGAUUACUGCAGAAGGCCAAGAACACAAACAGCAGCGGAAGCAAGUUGCAAAUAGUUUCAGGCCUCAUUUCAUCAAAAGAUUCUAUCCUCUCUUCUGGGAAAAAUCAAUGGUCUUCACCAAGAAGAUUGCCCAGGAGAUUAUUCUGAAUUCCGAGAGCCUUGAAGAUGCUACGAUGUCUGGAGAAACAGACAUAUGUGGCUGGGCACAGAGAGCUGCACUGGAUAUGAUCGGCGAAGCAGGAUUCGGCUGGGAAUUCGAUACUUUGCACAACCCAGAAAAUGAGCUCGCUGAGAGUUUUGAGCAGAUAUUUGCGCCUACAGUUGGCAACGCAAUUCUGUUUGCUGUCAGCGUCUACGGGCCCAGAUGGGCGUUGGAGUAUGUCCCAGGGGGUGUUUCUAAGCGAUUUCUCAAAGCCACCACGAACGUUCGAAGCGUUUGCAGGGCUUUCAUCCGGAGAAAAACUUCACAUGCCAAGAUUUCAAAUGAUAUUCUAUCGCAACUCAUGACCCAAGAUGGUAUAUCUGAGGAUUUACUCGUGGACCAGACACUGACUUUCUUGACUGCCGGACAUGAGACGGUCGCAAUCGCUCUCACAUGGGCCAUCUAUCUCCUGGCUAAGCAUCCUGAUAUUCAAAAUCAACUUCGCCUGGAACUCUCCUGCAAUCUGCCAAGUAAGGCAAAAGUGGACGAUAUUUCAUCCAUCCUAGAAUCUUUACCCAUUCUGAACGGAGUCGUCAACGAAACCUUACGCCUUUAUCCCUCCGCACCAGUCGCUGUGCGGGUUUCAAUACGUGACACUUAUAUUUUAAACAACUUUGUUCCCAAGGGGACGCGCCUCAUCAUUUCUCCGUGGGCUUUUAACAGGUCAAAGGCUGUCUGGGGACCAGACGCUGAGACGUUUCUGCCCGACCGCUGGAUUGACCCGGACGGUAACCCCAAUAUGACCGGAGGAACAGGAAUCAAAUCUCCCCUACUGACGUUUUUACAUGGGCCUCGGAAUUGCAUUGGUCAGGGAUUUGCAAAAGCAGAGUUACUGGCCUUGAUUGGGGUCUUUUCACGGACUUUUGAAAUGCGCAUGAUAGAUCCUGGUGAGAUCAAGGUUCCCGGGGGUUCGCUGAGUGCAAAGCCAGCCGGUGGCAUGAGGUUAAAGUUGAAGAUUGUUGACAAGACUUUUUUACACCAUGAAUGA